AGCGGAAGCAGGAAUGUGGGACGUCUCUGGAAAGUUUGGACGUCUGACAGUUGGACAGAAGAGACAAGACGUGUGGACCAACAUGACGGUGCGUUGGCAGCUGCUGAUGUUACCAUAGCGACCCCAGUCGCGCUCGUACUGGUAGACCACAUGGAGAGGGUGACCGUCGUACUGGACGCCGCCGUCCCCGCUCCAGAUCCCAGCGGGCCGCCGGACUCCAGCCUGGCCUCCUUGCGGCGCCGCGCCUGGGCCAAGAGCCGAGAAUCCACCUGGCAGGAGACGCUUAAAGCAGAGCCCCCGAGCCCCCGGGGGGCCCAGCCCAGUUGCGGUGGCACUAAUGGAGAUUCUCAGAGACCCUCAGAAGAAGCAGGACUGACACCCAACAAGAUCACCAGCUGGCUCGACCAAUGCAGGUAAUUUUCAUCCCUACUUUGAUUGACAGCUGGCCAUGACGUUUUUACUGGCACUGUGUGUGUGUGUGUGUGUGUGUGUGUGUGUGUGUGUGUGUGUGUGUGUGUGUGUGUGUGUGUGUGUGUGUGUGUGUGUGUGUGUGUGUGUGUGUGUGUGUGUGUGUGUGUGUGUGUGUGUGUGUGUGUGUGUGUGUGUGUGCGUGUGUGCGUGCACCGCAGAACCAACACACAACCUUUGCCUAGAUAUACAACACACUGAACACACGCAACCAACGCCCGUUGCAGAAAAAGCUGUCAAAGGCUGUGAAGGAAGGCGUAAAAAAAAAAAAAAAAAAAAGCAAGUAAACAAAGGAGGAGUUUUUUUCCGCUGAGUCAACAUUCUUAUCACACAACUUUCCUUCGAGCAUGCGAAGGAAUCACUCGUUGCCCCAGCAACCUGCCGCGGGGCCAACAUGGCCGCCAGCAGAAAGCGGCGCUUGCUGGAACAACACUGCGGCUGCGCGUGCUUACACAAGUGCUGGCGUGUGUUUGCGGAAGGCCAGCUUGAAGUUUGCCCCGUUGAUAAGCCCGUCAGGUUUCACAACAGCCCCGCCGGCCCGACUUGUCAAGUUCCCAGUCUGUCCGGGACAACUCGUGACAGUGACCGGCACGCGACGCCACAGCCUGACAGACAGGACUCCGCUGGCUGUCUCCCUGGAUGACCAGAGUGCGUCUCCCAGCAAAGCAGGAGUGCUGAGGAACGGCUGCAGCUUCGAAGAUGACCUCUCCCUGGGAGCUGAAGCCGACCAUCUUCAAUCCGGCAACAAGAAGACUGGAUCCUGCGCUGGUCUCGCCGCCAACCAGAAGAGGAGUCAGUUCAAGGAAAAAGGAAGAAGUAUGAACUCCACUGGGUCCGGGAAGAGCAGCACCGUGUCUAGUGUGUCAGAGCUGCUCGACCUUUACGAGGAGGACCCGGAGGAAAUCCUCCUGAAUCUGGGCUUUGGUCGAGAUGAACCUGACAUGUCCUCCAGGAUUCCCUCCAGGUUCUUCGACGGCUCGUCCUCAGCGCGUGGCAUCGACAUCAAGGUGUACUUGGAAGCGCAGCUACAGCGCAUGGAGGUGGAGAACCCAGACUUUGCUCUGACAAGUCGUUUCCGUCAGAUCGAGGCCUUGACCAACGUGGCCAACACCUUCAUCCAGCUCUACGGACACGUUUCCGGUCAGCAGGUCCAAAGUUUCAGCAGCAGGGAUCAAGGGGGUGAUGUCGAUGGACGGGCAGGCAGCGCCAAAGAGGAGUCGCCGCCGCCUCUGAAAAAGAGAAACCCGGCCCUUAACGCGGCCAAGCUGCUGAAGAAAACACUGAGCAAGCACCAUCUGCUGACGGCGUCCUCAGAGUCGUCAGGCUCCGGUGCAUCCAGUCAGGCCACCGACAAAAGUCAGCCUACCGACAGAAGUCAGCCCGACCCCAGCCUCGCAAACGGCCACCCAGCACAGGACAGCGCUGCCGAGCACGAUCACCACUCCGACGCCGCCGGCCAGAAGCACGCUCGCAAGAAGGACAGCUGCUCCCUGGCGACGGUCGCUGAGGAAGCCGGCGGGGAUGGCGAGACGGAGCGCCUAAAAGACGACAGCAACCCUGGACCCGGCGGCGAGCAUCAGCCAGACUCUCACCCGGCCAGUCGGACAGAAGACAAACAAACGGCAGGAGAAGAUGAAAAGAAAGUCACUUCAGUCGCUGACAGAGCUCCUCCCACCCUGGCCCCGCUACAGCUGCUUCAUUUGCGGACGGAGAAGACCGACUCCUUCGACAUGGAGGAGAUUCAGAGUAACGAAGGCGACACUCUUCUAACCAGAACGUCCAUGAUCUCAGACCUGCUGAGGACAGCCAGCCAGCAUUCCGACAGCAGCGGCUUCGCUGAGGAGCCGUCCGUGGACUCGGGUAACCUCAAGGUGCAGGAGAGCAGUGACAGCUGUGACAGUGAGACCACGGUCACAUCGCACCCUUCACAAGACGUCUCCACGCCCGUCGCUCUGGACAAACCUGCCUUCCUCCUGCCAGACCGCCACACGGAGGAGGCGGAGCCAGAUAGUGCGGUUGAGGCUGCUGGGAGUUCCCAGGGAGCGGACGAGCGUGACGGAAAUUCCGAGCCGGUCCCACAGUACACAGCCCACCAGCUUCCCAAGGACUGUCCGCUGGAUGAGACCCAAUACGCAGGGCAGGGCGGGAACAACUUGGAGCCGGAACCAAGUCCGGAGCAGGAAGACAGUGCAGUGAGUACAGGACCUUCCUUCAGUCUCCCCACUCCCAACUCUCCUGUUCUCGGUGCGCUGAGUCGGGCCAAGCAGCGGCUCGGCGAGAAUUGUCUCGCUCCCAAUAGGAGGCGGCAAAGAGGAGGCCUCCCCCUGCAGAGGUCGUCCUCCCUCCCCACCUCACUGCUCUCGCCCGCCAAGGUGGUGUCGUCCGUCAAGAUCGAGUUUGGCCGGGGACAGACGUCUUUCAGCCAGCCCCGCUACGCCUUCCGCUACAUCCAGGAGCCCCCUAGCGACGCUGCCUCGUCCACCUGUAUCUCCACUCUGCUCAUUAACCACUCCUCCAAGUCCAGCGACCAAUCAGGGCUUCUCACGGAAGACUCCGCCCCGACCCGCCAUGUCCACUCCUCGUGUUCCCUCAGAUGUGCCAGUCCUCAACUGGACUGGCCAGACAGGGGUGGUGCCCCACCCUGGAUCACCCAAAGCGUCCCAGAUCUCUCGUCCAAUCAGGAACAGUUUGGCGUAGCGCCCGAUCAGAGCCGGCAGAGCUUCAGUCCCGGACCGGUCAUGUUCAUUUCCCCGAGUCCAAGUCCCACUCCCAACCCGAGAUAUGUGGCCCCGCUCUCCGCCCCCCCGGUCAACUCCUUCUUGUACCCUACGCCCUUCCAUCCCUACACCAGCCUUCCAAACCUCCAGCACCACCUCCAUUCCAGCAUGCCCAGCCUCCACCCUCAGCCCUCCGUGGCCACGCCCCCCCAGCACGGCAACCUGCCGCUGCCUGCCAUGGCCACGCCCCCCCACUACACCAGCCUGUGGAACCUUCACCCAGGCGCGCCCACAAUGCACCCUUUCCAUCCCAACAGUUAUCCACUGUACCACUCCGCCCCUCACACCCCGCCCUACCUUGGUUACCAUGGCUACGACAUCAACCAGGACCACACCCUGCGUCGGGGGAGCGCCCCUCCAGGCCCGGGUCUGGGCCCCCACCCUGUCUUUUCUCCAGGCUCCAGUCAUGUCUUGUCCAGUACGGAGAUGCAGCUGAGGAGAGUUCUCCAUGACAUCCGAGGGACAGUCCAGCGUCUGAACCAGGACCACACUUCUGACUUGUCCACUGAGCACAAAGCGUCCUGCCAGCAGUCCCUGGCCGAGCUCCAGCAGAAGAGGCGCAGUCUCAGCUUGUUCCGCACACAAAUGAUGGACCUGGAGCUCUCAAUCAUUCGACAGCAAGCCGCGGUCUACAAACACCUGAGUCCAGGUGACAGGCUGGAGGUGGAGCAGCUUCAAUCUCUGAGGUCCGCAGUCAGAGACGAACUGUUGGAGCUGGAGCAACAGCUGGAGGACAAAGUGAUGGAGCUGACGCAAGAUGGGCCAAGCAAGGGUCUCCAUGGCAACAGCAGUAUUGACAAUUUGUGUACGACGUCCGCACUGAGAGCAAUGGAGCCGGUGUCAGAUCUCCUCAGAGAGCAGCGCCUCCUCCAGUCGCAGCUCAGCUAUGACGACGACGACACCGCCUCCGUGCCAACUUCCUCGCCGCCCACCAGUCACGCACGGAGCCAGGGCGCCGACCAGCCUCCGGGCGUGUUCCGGGCUUCCAUCAACAUCACCCCCGCCCCGCCUCCCCGGCCCAACCGACAGGGGGUGGUAGAGGAGGGGAGUGAGGCACCACGGGGGGAGGAGGAGGAAGAGUCGGGGCCAGCAGGCCUCAAGGGGGAGACUCUGCAGGACCUCAUCAGAGAGAUCCGGGAGAGCGUGGCCCAGGAGGUCCGACGGGAGAUCUACAACGAGCUGAUGGCCGCCAUAUCGCCACGCCGGUCGCCAAUGUAGCCGCGGGCGCCACCACUGUCUUGUCUGUAUCACUGUAAGAGCCGCCUAGACGGGCCGCCACACUGAAUGUCUAACACUGCAUGGGAUACACACACCCCGUUUACUGUACAUGUGGGCCAGUCUCCUUUUCACCUGAAACCUCUCCAAGUACCGCCCUAACAUGACAACACAGUAGACCCAAGUAGUCAUUAAAAACAAGUUUUAUUGAACAAGUAUAUCUGUGGCCAGUUUGAACAGUAACACUGUGUUUAAAUAGUUAAUGGGGUGAUUUAUGGCCGUGCCACAGUUUUACAAUCGCUGCCAGGAAGACCUAGACCAUCACUAAACAAGGGGGCCAAAUAGUUUUUUUUAUUCUAAAAAUAUAAUAUAACAAAACUAUUUAGAAGGAGAUACAUUGACUUUUUGGUACAAAUAAUUAAAAUAAUAAUAAUAUGCAAAGUGGGACAUUUGCAGCUUGUUCUUUUUUGGGGGGAGGGGCUCGCAUCAAAUUGUAAAAACAUAAAAAUGAGAGGACUAAUAAUUAUAUAAAUGAACACGUUUAUAGUUUUAUAAAUCACUUUUUUUUUUUCUUUUUUUUUUUUUGAGAAAAUAUGAAAAUGGCCUCUUUUUUUUUUUUUUUGAUGUUUUGAUGCUAACAAAGUUUGGACCCCAAAAAGAUUGAAUAGUGUAAAAACUUUACAUCACUGCACAACAAAACAACAAAUGCUGCAUUGUGGCGCUCUGUGCUCCUUAAGUGUUUACAUUCCAUCCCACACGCGUUUGGUCAGAUGUGCCUCCCAUGUUUUUGUUUGUUUUUACGUGAUAAAAGUAACAUGUCGAAUAACAAACUACACAGUUAGCAUUAGCUGUUAGCCAGCCGCGACUACGUCACGAGCUAACCUUUUAGCCGCGUGGGAUCCGUUUGUCUGGACUCUCAAUUUGAAACGUACUAGUUUGGCCGUAAUAGCGCCGAGACGGGCGACGUUUUGAAAAAUCAUUCGGAAAGCGUAGCGUACCAAAACGGUGUUUGUGAAAAUAAACGUGGAGCUGAAGAACGUAGAUGCCGUUACACCAGUUAGAAUAAAUUCAUCAGUUACGUCUCAGAAGGCGGCGGUUGUAACCGAUGAAAACUUUGGAGUGGCGAGGUCACGUGAGGGUGUGCGGAUGUUGUCACGGCGACGACGAUAUUAAAGGGUGAGGCUAGUGAGGGGCCUCGGCUAUGUUGUUAGCAUGUUAGCAUUUGUAAAAGGACUAUAACUGGUCAGUCCCACUUAUCGACUAAAAACAUUUUGAAUGGGAUUAUUAAUGUUCUGUCGAAGGCAUUUUGUGCAUUAUUGCAAUCAUCCAAUGGAUUAUGGCGCCCUCUUGUGUCCAGCUUGUUGUGUGUGUAUGUGUGUGUGUGUCGUUUCCCACUUGCCUUUUAACGACCGUGUGUGUUUCGUACUGAUGCUGCGCCGAUGUGGGCAGGGCGACAGAGAAGAAGAAUAAAGAUGUAUUUAUUUUCAUUACAA